GAGGGACUCCCUACCCAUCGCACAUACCCGGAGGGGAACAAGCAAGGGCCUCCGGCCUGAGCGCCGCUGUGCAUGCCGGGACGCCUAGUGUAACUCAAGCCCAAAGCGCGGGACGGAUGAAAGUACGGGUCCCGAGAGGUGAUUCAUACGCUGGGAGUUAAGCGAAGCUUGGUGGUUUCUUGAGGAUUACAAAAAUAAAAAAGGCCCUCGACAUUGCAAAAAGACUAGAAAGAAGUGAAAACAAAUCUAAAGAUGAAGGCAUUUCAGACCAUUUGCAGGCAGCUCAGACGUUCAAAGCGGUUUUCAGUGGAACCAGCUGCCCUUGUUCAUUUCUCUACUUCCUGUUAUUCAUGUGGCCGAAACAAAAAAAUGAACCCAUAUGAAGAAGUGGACCAAGAAAAAUACUCUCAUUUAGUACAGUCUGUCUUGUCAUUCAGAGGCCUUGCCCGCACCCCAGAAUCACUGUUCGAUGAAGAUGCUUUACUAUAUGGACCUGUGAGUAAGCAAAAACCCCAAAAACAAGAAGAGGAAUCAAGAGUUCCACAAAAUUGGUUUCCUAUCUUCAAUCCAGAGAGAAAUGUUAAACUAGAUACAAGCGAUCUUUCCAUUCCUUUGAAAAUCCCUUUGCAAAGGAAUGUGGUACCGAGCGUGACCCGAAUCCUUCAGGAGACCAUGACAAAACAACAGAUUUUCUAUUUGGAGAGGUGGAAACAGCGAAUGAUUCUGGAACUGGGAGAAAAUGGCUUUAAAGAAUAUACUUCAAACAUCUUUUUACAAGGGAAACGGUUCCAUGAAGCCUUGGAAAGCAUACUUUCAGCCCAGAGAGACUUAAAAGAGACAGAUGAAAAUCUCAAAUCUGGUUAUGUCGAAAGCAUCCAGCAUAUUCUGAAAGAUGUCAGUGGAGUUCGAGCUCUUGAAAGUGCCGUUCAACAUGAAACCUUAAAGUAUAUAGGUCUGCUGGACUGUGUGGCUGAAUAUCAGGGUAAGCUGUGUGUGAUUGAUUGGAAGACAUCAGAGAAACCAAAACCUUUUAUCCGAAAUACAUUUGACAACCCACUGCAAGUUGUGGCAUACAUGGGUGCCAUGAACCAUGAUGCCAACUACAGCUUUCAGGUUCAGUGUGGCUUAAUUGUGGUGGCCUAUAAAGACGGAUCACCUGCCCACUCACAUCUCAUGGAUGCGGAGCUUUGUUCCCAGUACUGGGCCAAGUGGCUUCUUCGACUAGAAGAAUACACAGAAAAGAAAAAGAAUCAGAAUAUGCAGAAAUGAGAUGGGGGAGCAGAUGCUGUGUGAGAACAUUCAGCAGUUGGGAAGAUAAGAUUGCUGGUUACUGUAAUCUGAAAACGUGCAUAGGUGCCACCGGGUCUGAGUGCUACAUUAACGCAAACAGAAGUAUUAAUUUGUUGAAAUGUAUUGCUACCAAAAAUCUGAAAAGCCAGGAAAGUCUAGAUUUAAAGAGCUGGACUUCAGCACGUAGCAUACCAACUAUUCUACAUCUAUUAUUUACCUGAAAAGAGGGCAAGCGGGAUGGGCGGUCAUGCUGGGGACUCUUAUGCUCCCUUGGUAGACCGUUUUGUGUCCUGGGCAGGAUGCCCAGUCUUUGAACUGAGAUUGGAAGGCAGUGAGGCUGAGUGUGCCAAGCCUGUCCCCAGGGUUCACCGGGAGGAGAGAGGCCGCACGGCCCUAGGGUGUGUGGAAGGAGAAGACACUGGCCAACUACCACUACCAGUGCAACUUCCUAAAACUUGUUUCAUAUGUUGGAGUUGUCUAUAUAUUUCAGUUGGGGAAAACAACUAACAAUUUGACCUUUUUUAAAAAUAAAUAUUCAGCCUCACGUAAAUGUUGCUGUCUGGAAAAGAUGGACAUAUUCCAAGCCGUUGGCAGUACGCCUUGGCAUACCACCAAAUAACCCCCAGAAGUAGCCAGACCCAUGUUUGCAAAUCAUAAUUACAGGUGUUUUGGUAGCUAUUUCUGGCGUGAGUCAAAGGAUCAUGUAUAUGGAGAAAAUUUAUUGUAUGUAGACGUUUUCAGCUAUAGGGGAACAAUAAUAUAUCCAUUGUUUUCUGUUUGACACAUAAUAAAAAUUAUUAGUUAUCAUUUGGUUUGGGAAACUUAAAUAAAUGCCCAUUAUAGCCUUGAGGGAGGGUUUCCUAUUUUAUGGAGUGAGUCUGUUAGCAUUUAUUUUAAAGUUGCUGCUUUAAAAUAGUAGGGUGCU